UUAGCGAGAAAGCAAAGGCACAACCACGACCCAACCCGACCCACCCCCAACAGCUUUGAACAGCUGAGCGCGGAGAGAGAGAGAGAGAGAGAGAGAGAUUGAGAGGGACGUACCCUCCGACAUUUUCUCUAUUCUUUACGCGAGGGCUUUCUUCUUCUUCUUCUCUUUCUUGUAUUUAGAUCUCUCUCUGUGUGUGUUCGAUCUCUAGCUAGGGUUGUUUUUUUUCUUUCUUUUUCUCUCAUUUCUCAUAUAUAUGAUUCCGAUGUCCUAGAGAGCCAAUCGAUCUGUUUUGCAAUCCUAAGCUUCAAAGUUCCCUACCGACUUGAGGGACUGAAAAUGGUGGUUUCGGCGCCACUUACGCCGGGGCAGGUGUCUUUUUUGCUUGGAAUAAUACCAAUUUUUGUUGCAUGGAUUUAUUCAGAGUUCCUUGAAUACAAGAAAUCUUCACAUCCUUCUAAAGUUCACUCGGACGUUAAUCUGGUUGAAUUGGGAAAGGAGACAAUCAAAGAAGAUGAUCGGGCUGUUUUGCUGGAAGGAGGCCUCACAAGAUCAGCAUCUGCAAAAUUGCAUAGUUCGUCCAUGAAAAUGAAUCUAAUUAGGUUCUUGACCAUGGAUGACUCUUUCUUGCUUGAAAAUAGAGCCACUUUGAGAGCAAUGUCUGAGUUUGGGGCAAUUCUGCUGUAUUUCUACACAUGUGAUCGCACGAAUUUAUUGGGAGAAUCUACAAAGAAUUACAAUCGUGAUCUUUUCCUCUUUCUCUACGUUCUCCUUAUCAUAGUUUCAGCAAUGACUUCUUUGAAAAAGCACAGUGAUGUGUCAGCAUUCUCUGGAAAAUCCUUACUUUAUCUUAAUCGACAUCAAACUGAAGAGUGGAAAGGAUGGAUGCAGGUCCUAUUUCUAAUGUACCAUUACUUUGCUGCGGCGGAGAUAUACAAUGCAAUACGUGUCUUUAUCGCUGCAUAUGUUUGGAUGACUGGUUUUGGAAACUUCUCCUAUUAUUACAUUCGAAAGGAUUUUAGCCUUGCACGCUUUACCCAGAUGAUGUGGCGGCUAAAUUUCUUUGUGGCGUUUUGCUGCAUUGUUCUUAAUAAUGACUACAUGCUGUACUAUAUUUGUCCAAUGCACACGCUUUUCACUUUAAUGGUGUAUGGAGCCCUUGGGAUUUUUAACAAGUACAAUGAGAUAAGCUCAGUGAUGGCUGUGAAGAUUCUUGCAUGCUUUCUCGUGGUUAUCUUGAUUUGGGAAAUUCCUGGAGUUUUCUACAUAUUCUGGCGUCCACUAGCAUUCGUUUUAGGGUAUACUGAUCCUGCAAAACCAGAUCUCCCUCGUCUGCAUGAAUGGCAUUUCAGAUCUGGACUUGAUCGGUAUAUAUGGAUCAUUGGAAUGAUAUAUGCAUAUUACCACCCCAACGUUGAGAAAUGGAUGGAAAAAUUGGAGGAAUCUGAAACUAAGAGGAGAAUCUCAAUCAAAGCAAGCAUUGUUGCAGUCUCUUCAUUUGUUGGUUACAUGUGGUACGAAUAUGUUUACAAGCUGGACAAGGUUACUUACAACAAAUAUCAUCCCUACACAUCAUGGAUUCCAAUAACUGUGUAUAUUUGCUUGCGGAAUUUCACUCAGCAGUUUCGGAGUUUCUCAUUAACUCUCUUUGCGUGGCUUGGAAAGAUAACUUUGGAGACCUAUAUUUCACAGUUCCACAUCUGGUUGAGAUCAAGCGUGCCUAAUGGACAGCCUAAGUGGCUUCUUUCUUUUGUCCCAGAAUAUCCCAUGCUUAACUUCAUGCUCACUACUGCUACUUAUGUCAUUGUAUCCCUACGGAUUUUUGAAUUAACCAAUACGCUGAAGACAGUUUUCGUACCCACAAAAGACAACCGGCGGCUGCUGUAUAAUUUUCUUGCUGGGUCUGCCAUUUUCCUGUGCUUGUAUUUCAUAUCACUCGUUCUUCUUCAGAUCCCUCAUUCACCGGCCUGAAAAAUUAAGACUUAGGACAGAAUUACAUAGAUGUUUCCUGUCGGAUGUGCGAAAAGUAUCGAGGCAGGAGUUAAAUAAGGGGACUUUGGAAGAUGUUGGCUGCAAAUCUAGCUUUAAAAGCAAAAUUUCCAUUGGGCUAGAUAGACUUGCCCUCACUGCUGCAUCAGGGCUGAAAGUAGAAGCCUGAUAUACAUUUCGCAUGUGGCAGAGGGCAGGAAAUGACAGGAAAGAUCUUUUUGUUUCUUCUUCCUUUUUGUAGUACUGCUGAAUGGUGCAUAUAAAUUCUUUCUUCUUCGUGUUCAAUCAUUAAAGAAAAUGUAGGAUCCUGUGACAUAUAUCACUUGCCUGGUAUCAAAGAAAUUCGAGAUUCAUUACUAGUGUAACUUUGAUUGUCAAUGUCGUGUUACAUGAUUGGAGCAUAUUUGAACUUGGUGUAUUCAAUUGGAAAUC